GCUGUAGCCUCUCUAAAGGCCAGCGGAGUUCAGGCACAGAUGGCCAAGGUACAGGAACAGGAUCCCACUAACCUGUACGUUUCCAACCUGCCUGUGUCCAUGGAUGAGCAGGAGCUGGAGAACAUGCUGAAACCGUUCGGUCACGUCAUCUCCACACGGGUACUACGGGACGCCACCGGGGUCAGCAGAGGAGUCGGCUUCGCCAGGAUGGAGUCAACAGAGAAGUGUGAUGUGGUGAUUCAACAUUUCAAUGGAAAGUUUCUGAAGACUCCUCCAGGCGUACCAGGUAUGAGGAACAGCUACUCUUGUCUUUUCUGGGGGUGUUGAGUUCAAAGUGCUUCG